AUCAUGUGAAAAAGGGUUGUUUAGUCAUUUAGAAAGAUUUACGGAAUUGAUACUGGGUUCAGGUUCGAAUAAAUGCUUUCAAACCCCAGCCCUACUCAAGAGCAGCGAUGGUCCGGGGACUCGACAGCGCGGAUCUGGAACCUGAGUGAGAACAGCACAGGCGGGUCCACCCAGCUGGUUCUGAGGCACUGCAUACGGGAAGGGGGCCAGGACGUACCCAGCAACAAAGACGUCACCUCACUAGACUGGAAUAGCGAGGGAACGUUGCUAGCAACAGGCUCAUACGACGGCUUUGCUAGAAUAUGGACAAAAGACGGUAACCUGGCGAGUACAUUGGGUCAGCAUAAAGGUCCUAUAUUUGCACUCAAGUGGAAUAAGAAAGGAAACUUCAUCCUCAGUGCUGGUGUAGACAAGGUAAGGCAACAAGUUUGAUAAAU